UCCCGGGUCGGGGAGCCGGGCGGCAUGAGCGAGCACCCCCGCCGCUGCGGCGGCCGCCCCGGCCCCUCGCCUCCGCGUCCAGUGGCGGCGCGGCGCCGCUGAGGAGAACGCGGGGAGGACCAUGGGGGCCGUGCUGAGGAGCCUGCUGGCCUGCAGCCUCUGCGCGCUGCUGCGAGCGGCCCCUUUGCUGCUGUACGCAAACAGACGGGACUUGCGGCUGGUUGAUGCCACACAUGGCAAGGAGAAUGCCACGGUUGUAGUUGGAGGCCUGGAGGACGCUGCUGCGGUGGACUUUGUGUUUGGCCAGGGCUUGAUCUACUGGAGUGACGUCAGUGAGGAAUCCAUCAAGCGAACAGAACUGAACAAAACCGAGAGUGUACAGAGCGUUGUUGUGUCUGGAUUACUGUCUCCUGAUGGGCUGGCAUGUGAUUGGCUUGGGGAAAAAUUAUACUGGACAGAUUCCGAAACUAACCGGAUUGAAGUUUCUAACUUGGAUGGAUCUUUACGAAAAGUUUUAUUUUGGCAAGAGCUGGAUCAACCUAGAGCUAUUGCCUUAGAUCCUUCAAGUGGGUUCAUGUACUGGACAGACUGGGGAGAAGUGCCAAAGAUAGAGCGUGCUGGAAUGGAUGGUUCAAGUCGUCUCAUAAUCAUAAACACGGACAUUUACUGGCCAAAUGGACUGACUUUGGAUUAUGAGGAAAGAAAGCUUUAUUGGGCAGAUGCAAAACUUAAUUUCAUUCAUAAAUCAAACCUGGAUGGAACAAAUCGGCAGGCAGUGGUUAAAGGUUCUCUUCCACACCCUUUUGCCUUGACGUUAUUUGAGGACACAUUGUACUGGACUGACUGGAAUACACACUCCAUUUUGGCUUGCAACAAGAAUACUGGCGAGGGUCUGCGUGAAAUCCAUUCUAACAUCUUCUCUCCCAUGGAUAUACAUGCCUUCAGCCAGCAGAGGCAGCCAAAGGCUACAAAUCCAUGUGGAGUUGAUAAUGGUGGUUGUUCCCACUUGUGUUUGAUGUCUCCACUCAAGCCUUUUUAUCAGUGUGCUUGCCCAACCGGGGUCAGACUUCUGGAGAAUGGGAAAACCUGCAAAGAUGGUGCUACUGAACUAUUGCUUUUAGCCCGGAGGACGGACUUGAGGCGUAUCUCUCUGGACACCCCGGACUUUACAGACAUUGUCCUUCAGUUAGAGGAUAUCCGCCAUGCCAUCGCUAUUGAUUACGACCCUGCGGAAGGCUACGUCUACUGGACCGAUGACGAAGUGAGGGCCAUACGCCGCUCCUUCAUAGACGGCUCUGGCAGUCAGUUUGUGGUCACCGCUCAGAUAGCCCACCCUGAUGGCAUUGCUGUCGACUGGGUGGCGCGAAACCUGUACUGGACGGACACUGGCACAGACCGGAUAGAGGUGACAAGACUCAAUGGGACCAUGAGGAAGAUCUUGAUUUCAGAGGAUUUAGAGGAACCCCGGGCCAUUGUUUUAGAUCCCAUGGUUGGGUACAUGUAUUGGACUGACUGGGGAGAAAUCCCGAAAAUUGAGCGAGCAGCUCUGGAUGGUUCUGACAGAGUAGUAUUGGUUAAUACUUCUCUUGGUUGGCCCAACGGUUUAGCCUUGGAUUAUGAUGAAGGCACAAUAUACUGGGGAGAUGCCAAAACAGACAAAAUUGAGGUUAUGAACACUGAUGGCACUGGAAGACGAGUACUGGUAGAAGACAAAAUUCCUCACAUAUUUGGGUUUACUUUGCUGGGCGACUAUGUUUACUGGACUGACUGGCAGAGGCGUAGCAUCGAAAGAGUGCACAAGCGGAGUGCAGAGCGGGAGACCAUCAUAGAUCAGUUGCCUGACUUAAUGGGGCUAAAGGCCACAAGUGUUCAUCGGAUCAUUGGUUCCAACCCUUGUGCUGAGGGGAAUGGAGGGUGCAGCCAUCUCUGUCUGUACAGACCCCAGGGCCUUCGCUGUGCCUGCCCCAUUGGUUUUGAACUCAUCAGUGACAUGAAGACCUGCAUUGUCCCAGAGGCUUUUCUUCUGUUUUCGAGGAGAGCAGACAUCAGACGAAUUUCUUUGGAAACAAACAAUAACAAUGUGGCCAUUCCACUCACUGGUGUCAAGGAAGCCUCUGCUUUGGAUUUUGAUGUGACAGACAACCGCAUUUAUUGGACUGAUAUAUCACUCAAGACCAUCAGCAGGGCCUUUAUGAAUGGCAGUGCACUGGAGCACGUGGUGGAGUUUGGCUUGGACUACCCAGAAGGCAUGGCGGUGGACUGGCUGGGGAAGAACCUGUACUGGGCAGACACGGGGACCAAUCGAAUCGAGGUGUCCAAGUUGGACGGGCAGCACCGACAGGUUCUGGUGUGGAAAGACCUGGACAGCCCCAGAGCUCUGGCCUUGGAUCCUGCAGAAGGAUUUAUGUACUGGACUGAAUGGGGCGGAAAGCCUAAGAUAGACAGAGCCGCCAUGGAUGGAGGUGAGCGAACCACAUUGGUUCCUAACGUGGGUCGAGCAAAUGGUCUGACCAUCGAUUAUGCCAAGAGACGGCUUUACUGGACAGACUUGGACACCAACUUAAUAGAGUCUUCAAAUAUGCUAGGACUCAAUCGGGAAGUGAUAGCAGAUGACUUGCCUCAUCCUUUUGGCUUAACUCAGUACCAAGAUUAUAUCUACUGGACGGACUGGAGCCGGCGCAGCAUUGAGCGUGCCAAUAAAACAAGUGGCCAAAACCGCACCAUCAUUCAGGGCCAUUUGGACUAUGUGAUGGACAUCCUCGUCUUCCACUCCUCUCGGCAGGCAGGCUGGAAUGAGUGUGCCUCCAGCAACGGGCACUGCUCCCACCUCUGCCUGGCUGUGCCCGUUGGGGGGUUCGUCUGUGGGUGCCCUGCCCACUACUCCCUGAAUGCUGACAACAGGACUUGUAGCGCUCCCACCACUUUCCUGCUCUUCAGUCAAAAGAGCGCCAUCAACCGCAUGGUGAUCGAUGAACAGCAGAGUCCUGACAUCAUCCUCCCUAUCCACAGCCUUCGCAACGUCCGGGCCAUAGACUACGACCCGCUGGACAAACAGCUCUAUUGGAUUGACUCGCGGCAAAACGUGAUCCGAAAGGCACAAGAAGAUGGCAGCCAGGGCUUCACUGUGGUUGUGAGCUCCGUUUCCAGUCAGAACCUAGAAAUACAGCCCUAUGACCUCAGCAUUGAUAUUUACAGCCGCUAUAUCUACUGGACUUGCGAGGCUGCCAAUGUCAUCACUGUGACAAGGCUAGAUGGGAGGUCAAUCGGAGUGGUGCUGAAGGGCGAGCAAGACAGACCUCGAGCCAUUGUGGUGAACCCAGAGAAAGGGUAUAUGUAUUUUACCAAUCUUCAGGAAAGAUCCCCCAAAAUCGAACGGGCUGCUUUGGAUGGGACGGAGCGGGAGGUUCUCUUCUUCAGUGGCUUGAGUAAACCAGUGGCAUUGGCUCUCGAUAGCAGGUUGGGCAAGCUCUUCUGGGCUGAUUCAGAUCUCCGGAGAAUUGAAAGCAGCGAUCUCUCAGGUGCCAACAGGAUAGUGUUAGAAGACUCCAAUAUCUUGCAGCCUGUGGGACUGACCGUGUUUGAAAACUGGCUUUAUUGGAUCGAUAAGCAGCAGCAAAUGAUUGAAAAAAUUGACAUGACUGGUCGGGAGGGCAGGACCAAGGUCCAGGCUCGGAUUGCCCAGCUCAGUGCCAUUCACGCUGUGAAGGAGCUCAACCUUCAGGAGUACAGACAGCACCCAUGUGCUCAGGAUAAUGGUGGCUGUUCGCACAUCUGUCUCGUGAAAGGGGAUGGAACUACAAGGUGCUCCUGUCCCAUGCACCUGGUUCUGCUUCAGGAUGAGCUCUCCUGUGGAGAACCUCCCACAUGUUCUCCUCAGCACUUCACCUGCUUCACCGGGGAGAUCGACUGUAUCCCUGUGGCGUGGCGCUGUGACGGCUUCACUGAGUGUGAGGACCACAGUGAUGAGCUCAACUGUCCUGUGUGCUCCGAGUCCCAGUUCCAGUGUGCCAGUGGGCAGUGUAUCGAUGGUGCCCUUCGGUGCAACGGAGAUGCAAACUGCCAAGAUACAUCUGAUGAGAAGAACUGUGAAGUGCUCUGUUUGAUUGACCAGUUCCGCUGUGCCAAUGGUCAGUGCAUUGGAAAGCACAAGAAAUGUGAUCAUCACGUGGAUUGCGGAGACAAAUCUGACGAGCUGGAUUGUUAUCCAACGGAAGAGCCAGCCCCACAGGCCACCAACACAGUCGGUUCUGUUAUUGGAGUGAUUGUCACCAUUUUUGUUUCUGGAACCAUCUACUUCAUCUGCCAGCGGAUGCUGUGUCCACGCAUGAAGGGCGAUGGAGAGACCAUGACCAAUGACUAUGUGGUGCCCGGCCCGGCCUCAGUGCCACUGGGCUAUGUGCCACACCCCAGUUCUCUGUCGGGGUCUCUUCCGGGAAUGUCUCGAGGAAAGUCAAUGAUCAGCUCCCUGAGCAUCAUGGGGGGGAGCAGUGGACCUCCCUACGACCGCGCCCACGUCACCGGAGCAUCGUCAAGCAGUUCUUCAAGCACCAAAGGCACUUACUUCCCUGCAAUUUUGAAUCCUCCGCCAUCCCCUGCUACAGAGCGAUCACAUUACACUAUGGAAUUUGGUUAUUCUUCAAACAGUCCUUCAACUCACCGGUCAUACAGCUACCGGCCCUACAGCUACCGGCACUUCGCGCCCCCCACCACGCCCUGCAGCACCGACGUCUGCGACAGCGACUGUGCUCCCAGCCGCAGAGUGGCCUCUGUGGCCUCCGCAGCCACAGCCAAGGGCUACACCAGUGAUUUGAACUACGACUCGGAGCCCGCCCCUCCUCCCCCCACGCCCCGAAGCCAGUACUUGUCAGCGGAGGAGAACUGUGAGAGCUGCCCGCCGUCUCCAUACACUGAGCGGAGCUACUCGCAUCACCUCUACCCACCGCCACCCUCACCCUGCACGGACUCCUCCUGAGCAGAGCCGUCUCGGACCCCUCGCCCGGUGGAGACCCGAGUGGGGAUGAGCAGCGUCGUGUACAGUUAACUUUAUAAAGGGGCUAGGGAAUGCUGAAGAUAUUUGUACAGAAGAAAAGGAUAUUUAUAUAUUUUCUUAAAACAGCACAUUUGCUGCUUGUGCCAUAAAAGUUUGUACAAAAAAUAAAUUUGUACUAAAAGUUUUAUUUUUGCAAACUAAGUACACAAAGCAUGCCUUAAACCCAGUGAAAUGACAGCGUACAGAGGAAGCAGGGCUAGUAACGGCACCGCUGCUCAGGAGUGUCUGGGCCACAUCGAUACCAAAAAGGAAGAAAGAAGAAAUUAAGUUCACCCAGCGAUACUUGGAAAUAACCAGAUAGUCUCAGGUUGAGGCACAGUUGAGGGUCAACAAGAAUUCACAGAAGGAAAACAAAACAGCAUUACUGUUAACCUUGGACAAAGGGCUUCAUUUUGUGACUCCUGACAGUUUUAGGAAGGAACGUAGAUAGCUGACAGUGAUGUCUUGGGCUUUAUUGCGGCGGGAGCGACCAUGUCAGGAGGUUUGGCAGCCUGAGUCUGCUGUCCCCUGCCCCAGGUCUCCAGAGCUGGUGGACUAGCCCCAGCCACCCCUGGGCUCGGCCCUUCCGUUUCACUGCUGUUUUUGCAUAGUGAUCAAAAAUUAGCCAUAUUAUUGAUCUUCAGUACUUCCAGGAUUGUUUUCGUGCUCAUUAGAAUAUCUACAGUAUAUGCAGACAGUGUUUCAGAUUUACAGACCUGAGCAUUACGUUCUCUUGUAGAUGAAUCCUGUAGCAUAUGGCAUCACAAUAUGAAAUCAUACUUUACAUAUGUUCUGGUUAGAGACAAUCUUUUAAAAAAAUUGUUAUCACUAGGUUUUUCCUAUAUUGAUUGUGAUAUUUUCAUGUUCUUCACGUGUUUUUUUUUUCUUCAGAAUGAUAUCUACGUACAUACCUCCUCUAAUGUGCGACCUGAGUUUUGUAUCUUUCUUCCUGUUACCCACUGUGAAUGUCAGGUUGGUCAGAUUAUUCUUCCAAUCCCCUUGCGUGGUGUGUGUGUGUGUGUGUGUGUGUGUGUGUGUGUGUGUGUGUGUGUGUGUGUGUGUGUGCGCUCUUAUCCUUUGUGGAUUAAGACAGCAUGAGUGUAGGGAGCAGAGGAGCAGGCUCAGUGUGAAUUCCUCACCUGUCAGAAGGGGGUGGGUGGGGACGUCUGUGUGUCCUGCCUGCCCUGCCUUGUGUGGCAUCGGGGCUGCUGGAGCCCCUGCUCUGCUGCCGGUCCCAGGCCCAGCCUUCUCACUGCUAAUACUGUUUUUAAUCCGGUGUGUUCUUGCUUUCACACAUUGUGUUCAGUUACUGAUUUGUUACUGUUGUUGCUGUCUUGAUGAGACCCUUGGGUAUUAUUAGGCUGGUGAGGGGGGCGGGGGGUUCCACAGAACAGAGGACAGAGUUCUGGCAACAGUGAGGGUUGGAGCAGCUUCUCAGGUACACUUGUUUUCGCCUGUGAGCGAACGAUACCCGUCAGUGACUCACCUUUCACUCUGACAAGCAGGAACUCUUCCUCUUGUUGGAACAAAGUGUCCCCAGUCUACACAAGACCGACGUGGCCCCGGGCCCGUGGUAGACAGCGGCAUGUGGCGCAUACACGAAGGUGAAGGUUAGCAAUCACUGGGUGCCACUUGGGGCUUGAGAAUUCUUGUGUUUACAGUGUGUGUGCUUACAGUGGUGGGCUUCCCCUGUGAGAACUUGCACUUGUAAAAUAAGAGCCGCCUUGUCCUGUCUCAGCCCAAGGAGUUAUACCAUGGUGACGACAAAGCACUCCGCGGAGAGGUGCCGGCUCAGUCCGCAUCCUCUCUGCGCGUUCAGAGGUGUUCCUUCAUGGCUGAGAGUAUUUCUCAGAUGGGGGAAGGACCUCUUGAUCCUCAAGCCAGAUGCACAGCUAAGCUUAGGGGGAGAAAAAAGAUUUCCACGAAAUUUUAGUUUGUGUUUAGCACUUGCCGCAUCACCAGUGGCAACUGUUGAGCAGAAGAUUCCAGAGCUGUUUCUAUUUUAACAUAAAAAUACCCAGUAAGUUUACCACCAGGCAAUAUCGGAUUCUUUUCGUAAGUUUGAGGAAAACUAUUGUAAAGGCACAAUGGGACGUUAGGAAUGAAGACCCUGUUUUCACCGGAUGUGGGCUAAGCAAGCGCAAAAGCAGUUUAUUUUUAUUUUCAUUUUUUGUGCCAGUUGGUCCUGGGGAUUGAAUUCAGGGCCUGGGUGCUGGCCGUGAGCUUCCUUUGCUUAAGCCUAGCACCUCACACUUGAGCCACAGCUUUCCCAGUUUUUGUUUUUUGGU